AUGUCCUCAAAUGGCUUGAGCAACGGGUGCAGUAAAAACGGUCAAACGAAUUUCUGCGUGGAUGUCCUGAGUAGUAAAUGUUCGCCCCCAAAUGGCAAACGUGACGAGGGACACAACUGCAACUUUGAGAAUGGGCACAGAACACAUGGAGUAGACAGCUUAUGCAAUAACAUCACACCGGGGGGGUCCCGCAACGGAGAAAUAAUUACACAGAAUGGUGAACACAAAUUGAGCAAUCAUAAGAAUGAGCUUAUUCACCCUCAAAUUUCACAGGAAAAUAAUUUUAUUAAUAUGAAGGAGGAACAUGCAGGGCAAAAUGCAAAGUUAAAUUGGGGGUACCCGUUCAAAUGGAACAAAAAGUGGAAUGAUCCAUGUGCAGAAAAAGGAAAGGCAGAAAAAUCAGGCGGCGUCUUUUCAAAAAUGGCAAAUGAAUACAAUUCAAAUGAAAUUAAAAUGACAACCAAUAAUGGCGAUGUUUCGCUAUGUAACACAGAUCGGUCAAAUACCACUGUUGAUAAAAUUUGCCUGAACAGGUCAGGUGAAAUGGAAAAAAGAAAUAAAAACAAAUCGAACGUAUCGAAUGUUUUAAACAAUAAUGACAACAAAUGGAGCAACGUAGUGAAUGGAAUAGAAUGCAGAAGUUUGCUUCCACAUGGUGUAGAGGGCAGCCAUCCCGAUGAAGCUACAAUAUCGCUAUGCGUGAAAAAAAAAUCCCCACUCAGCGCUAACAAACAUAGCGGGAAAAUAACCCCCACUGGAAGCGGCGAAAAUGCUGUGUCCAUCGAAACAUCUCACAAGAAAGAACUUUCUCAAGGAGCAAGACAAAAGAACGUACAAGAAAAAGCUAUUCCAUUUUUCACAUCCCCCGUUCUAAAGCCUGAGUGGAAAAGCGACAAGUGCACAGACCAUCUAAAUGGCCACUCCUCCGUUGUCAAUCACACACAUAAUGACGGACAGCACCCAUUCUACAUGGCCAAAGGCAAAAAUUACGCCUUGAAGAAAAGGCAUGAAAAUAUAUUGCUGAGCGACAAGGAGGAGGUAAUAUAUGUGAAUAAUCGAAAUGGGGGUGGACUGUGGGGAGAGAAGAAAACGGGUGGGGUGUUUCAGGAUGAGGAGGGGAAAAUGGUAAGCAAUACAGAAGGGAUAAGCAUAAGGAGAAACCAAGGGAGUACAGAACGAAGCAGUGCAGGCAAUGACGCAAACGAUGUGGUGAGCACUACGCCAAAUGUUGUAUCAAGCGAUGGUCUCUGCAACGUGGACAGUGCAAACAUUAAUCUCUUUCCUCCAAAUGACCUGAACGAUUUGAUGAGCACAGGCGCGAGGGGGAAAAACAACCCACACACAAACAGCCCUGGCGUUUACACCAACGGAAACCUGACACAUAACGAAAGAGGCUACUCACAUGGCAGCCAUAAGACACACGAACAUUUUAUGAACCAUGUAAGAAUAAGCCGUCACGAUAAGCCCAUUGUGUACGACAUGAAGGAAGAACAAACAUUUGGUGAUUCGAAUGACAAGAAGGAAUGUCUCCCCAUAUAUGAUGUGAACCCAUUUAAUGCACUAAAGCAUGUUGCCACAGGGGCCCCUGGAUUGGGCAGAAACCACGUAGGACAAAAUGGCUUCCUCCCACGCAGCGAUGUUGUAGAGACGACGAAGAAGGAUAGGACAAGAAAAGACAAUACCGCUGAAUGUUUAUCUAGUGUGCAUACCAGGUGGGGCACCUGUGAGGGAACCUUUAAAAUGAAUGAGGACGACGAAAUUGUGAAUGUGACAGAAAGCAAAAAAGACGAGAUGAAAAGGGAUUCACAUGACUGCAUUACUUCCCUUUUGCACACCCAAAGUGGAAGCGUAGAAAAUGGGUGCAUAUUAAACCAUUCGUUUGGAAAGGAAAAUUGCGACCACGUGAACCUCCUGAAUGGAGCCAAACGAGAUGGGUGUGUAUCUUAUAUGGAAGGAAUGAAUAAUUUGUAUGAUGGGAGCGAGACACAUAUUUGGGGAGGCAUAAGUUUGUCACGGUACCCGCAUGAAGGGAACGAAGACCCUCUGCUUGCUUCGAAAAAGGAUAGCAGCUUUAACAAAAUGAAUGGAACUGCCCAUCGGGGGGAAGACAAGGCCAUGUGUCACUCCGUGUCUGAAGGAGCAUCUGAUACAAACGAAAAGUCAACUCAGAAAAGUUGCGCUUCCCCCUCUCAUCAUAAAGGCCCCCCUCUACACACAAAGAGAGAGCAACUUCAAAAUUGUGAAGUCAGCAAGGAGAAAACACCUGCGGAAAAUAAGUCCAUUUUUAAUUACCACUCAGAAUGGAUAAACCAUUUAGAGAAAGGAAGGGAAAAAAUGAGCGACGGGGAAAGGUACAACCUGGGCAACGUUUACAAAGACAGCGCACUGAAGAAUAAGAAUGCAUGGUUCGAGAAUAACCUACAUAGUAAUGCCCCACUUUUUCACCCCCACGAAAAAAUGCACUCAUCAGAAGUUACACCUAAAGUGGGAACAACAGGGAAGUUGCUCCACCUGGGGAAGGAAGGAAACGCACACAUACACUCUGACACAAGAGAGUCUAAAGAAGUCAUCACAAAUGGGGUCAUUACAGAAAAAAAAAAAAAAAAUUUUUUUGAAUACACCCAAAUGAUGCAUCCUUUGCGGGGGGAACAGACGAAAGAGCAGAGCUAUGCACAUCCCCAUGUGAGUUUAAUAGAUGAUACUUUAAGUAGCAAACGAGUGUCUCCCAAAUGGCAAGGAACAAAGACGAGAGGAACAAACAGCAGGUGUGAUCAAAUCGGUGCAGAAGAAGUGACCAACGAGGAAAAUGAAAAAAUUCCCCAGGACAACUCUCCUUUUUGUGCUAAUGGAAAUGGGCCACAUUAUCAGAGCACUGUUGAUGCAAAGGAAGAGUCUACUUAUGGAAACGUCUCAACAUGGGAAGAGGACAACCGAAACGAAAUAGAAUAUUUGUCCAAGUGGAUUCCUGAGGCAAAUAACCUCAAAGGGGGGCUUAAUUUUGUACAUACCUACUCUAUCCCCGGGAGUGAGCAAAGCUUGAAAAGAAAGAGCGAAGAAGUUUUAAAUCGAAAAAUGGCUAACCAGCUAGCCAAUGGGGUGCACCCAAAUGGUCAUAAUGAAAACUUUGUUCUGGAAAGCUAUUGUUAUGGGGCACAUACACAUAGGAGUGAAUAUUCUAAUAUCACUCCUUUCGGCAGUGCUCUUUUCGGGGUGACCCCUUCCAUUUGCAGUAGAGGCAAUGACCAGGUGAAGACUUGCAGCCUCAUCACCGUAGAAGGAGAAAAUUUGAGCAGUCUUGCCAAUGAAAGAAUCUCAGAAGAUGUGAGGAAGGUGUGCGAGGUCUCGUACAACCAGGACGGACGACAUAAUGAAACGGUGAACAGCAACGACAGUCCUAAUGUACUCGCAGGAAAUAAUCCUCCGAACGCUGCAUCCCCCAUAGGGAGUAACGAACAGGGAAGAGAUGUUCGCAGUGGUGCAAAUGUAAACUACCUGCACAGUUCAGACGAAAAAGGAGAUGAUGUUCCCAAAUUGGAAAUUAAGCAUGGACGCAAUUUGUGCGGUGAUGCGAAUGACAUAGCUGGUGCGGUUGACGCGGUUGAUGAGGCUGAUGAAGAGGUGUCCAGAUUGGUGGAAGACCUCCCCUUCGGAAGAGACAAAAAGGAGGUCGCUGAAGAGCGCGAGGAUGCAAGUAAAGACACGGGUAUCAAUAUUGAUGCUGACUCAGUCGUGCAGAGAUGUGCAUACAGACGCGACAAUGACGCCUUACAGGGGGAGGAAGACCUCCUCGGAGGAAUGACAAAAAAACAGGGCGGUGCCAGCGUCGACCCGCACAACGACUACAGGUGGAAGUUGUGUUAUGUAAGAUACCCUGAACACGUAAAUUUCAAAAAGGCCUUUUUCUUUACCUUCCAAAAUGACAUAUACAUUUAUGGGGCACGCAAAAAUAACUUCGUCAUUCCGGAUGUGCUAUUUCGGAUCCGUGAGAAUGAAGUGGAAUCUGUUGACACUAGAGGGACCGCUCCCAAGUUGUAUGUCAAGGUUUACUUUGCGGUCGAGGAGGGGGACAUGAGUGGCGGUUCUAACAGGAGUUGUCAUGGCUUGGGGGGGAUUCGAGAAUCGCGCAAGAGUUUCUACAUAUGGGGGGCCAACGAAAAGAGGCAACUGGACCUGUACACUGUGUACAGACUAGACUUGUGCCGCCUCGAGUGGCAGGAGAUAAAAAUCACUUAUAACAGAAAUCUGAACACGUUCAGGGAAGAUUUUUCGCUCAUCUUGAUUAAGGAUUGCUUGUACAUGUAUGGAGGCGUUGUGUUGAAGGAUGGGCAGUGGGUAUGCUGUGAUGAAUUAUGGGUGUGUGACACGGGUAGGAGGAAAAAUAAAAACAAAUCGAACGUAUCGAAUGUUUUAAACAAUAAUGACAACAAAUGGAGCAACGUAGUGAAUGGAAUAGAAUGCAGAAGUUUGCUUCCACAUGGUGUAGAGGGCAGCCAUCCCGAUGAAGCUACAAUAUCGCUAUGCGUGAAAAAAAAAUCCCCACUCAGCGCUAACAAACAUAGCGGGAAAAUAACCCCCACUGGAAGCGGCGAAAAUGCUGUGUCCAUCGAAACAUCUCACAAGAAAGAACUUUCUCAAGGAGCAAGACAAAAGAACGUACAAGAAAAAGCUAUUCCAUUUUUCACAUCCCCCGUUCUAAAGCCUGAGUGGAAAAGCGACAAGUGCACAGACCAUCUAAAUGGCCACUCCUCCGUUGUCAAUCACACACAUAAUGACGGACAGCACCCAUUCUACAUGGCCAAAGGCAAAAAUUACGCCUUGAAGAAAAGGCAUGAAAAUAUAUUGCUGAGCGACAAGGAGGAGGUAAUAUAUGUGAAUAAUCGAAAUGGGGGUGGACUGUGGGGAGAGAAGAAAACGGGUGGGGUGUUUCAGGAUGAGGAGGGGAAAAUGGUAAGCAAUACAGAAGGGAUAAGCAUAAGGAGAAACCAAGGGAGUACAGAACGAAGCAGUGCAGGCAAUGACGCAAACGAUGUGGUGAGCACUACGCCAAAUGUUGUAUCAAGCGAUGGUCUCUGCAACGUGGACAGUGCAAACAUUAAUCUCUUUCCUCCAAAUGACCUGAACGAUUUGAUGAGCACAGGCGCGAGGGGGAAAAACAACCCACACACAAACAGCCCUGGCGUUUACACCAACGGAAACCUGACACAUAACGAAAGAGGCUACUCACAUGGCAGCCAUAAGACACACGAACAUUUUAUGAACCAUGUAAGAAUAAGCCGUCACGAUAAGCCCAUUGUGUACGACAUGAAGGAAGAACAAACAUUUGGUGAUUCGAAUGACAAGAAGGAAUGUCUCCCCAUAUAUGAUGUGAACCCAUUUAAUGCACUAAAGCAUGUUGCCACAGGGGCCCCUGGAUUGGGCAGAAACCACGUAGGACAAAAUGGCUUCCUCCCACGCAGCGAUGUUGUAGAGACGACGAAGAAGGAUAGGACAAGAAAAGACAAUACCGCUGAAUGUUUAUCUAGUGUGCAUACCAGGUGGGGCACCUGUGAGGGAACCUUUAAAAUGAAUGAGGACGACGAAAUUGUGAAUGUGACAGAAAGCAAAAAAGACGAGAUGAAAAGGGAUUCACAUGACUGCAUUACUUCCCUUUUGCACACCCAAAGUGGAAGCGUAGAAAAUGGGUGCAUAUUAAACCAUUCGUUUGGAAAGGAAAAUUGCGACCACGUGAACCUCCUGAAUGGAGCCAAACGAGAUGGGUGUGUAUCUUAUAUGGAAGGAAUGAAUAAUUUGUAUGAUGGGAGCGAGACACAUAUUUGGGGAGGCAUAAGUUUGUCACGGUACCCGCAUGAAGGGAACGAAGACCCUCUGCUUGCUUCGAAAAAGGAUAGCAGCUUUAACAAAAUGAAUGGAACUGCCCAUCGGGGGGAAGACAAGGCCAUGUGUCACUCCGUGUCUGAAGGAGCAUCUGAUACAAACGAAAAGUCAACUCAGAAAAGUUGCGCUUCCCCCUCUCAUCAUAAAGGCCCCCCUCUACACACAAAGAGAGAGCAACUUCAAAAUUGUGAAGUCAGCAAGGAGAAAACACCUGCGGAAAAUAAGUCCAUUUUUAAUUACCACUCAGAAUGGAUAAACCAUUUAGAGAAAGGAAGGGAAAAAAUGAGCGACGGGGAAAGGUACAACCUGGGCAACGUUUACAAAGACAGCGCACUGAAGAAUAAGAAUGCAUGGUUCGAGAAUAACCUACAUAGUAAUGCCCCACUUUUUCACCCCCACGAAAAAAUGCACUCAUCAGAAGUUACACCUAAAGUGGGAACAACAGGGAAGUUGCUCCACCUGGGGAAGGAAGGAAACGCACACAUACACUCUGACACAAGAGAGUCUAAAGAAGUCAUCACAAAUGGGGUCAUUACAGAAAAAAAAAAAAAAAAUUUUUUUGAAUACACCCAAAUGAUGCAUCCUUUGCGGGGGGAACAGACGAAAGAGCAGAGCUAUGCACAUCCCCAUGUGAGUUUAAUAGAUGAUACUUUAAGUAGCAAACGAGUGUCUCCCAAAUGGCAAGGAACAAAGACGAGAGGAACAAACAGCAGGUGUGAUCAAAUCGGUGCAGAAGAAGUGACCAACGAGGAAAAUGAAAAAAUUCCCCAGGACAACUCUCCUUUUUGUGCUAAUGGAAAUGGGCCACAUUAUCAGAGCACUGUUGAUGCAAAGGAAGAGUCUACUUAUGGAAACGUCUCAACAUGGGAAGAGGACAACCGAAACGAAAUAGAAUAUUUGUCCAAGUGGAUUCCUGAGGCAAAUAACCUCAAAGGGGGGCUUAAUUUUGUACAUACCUACUCUAUCCCCGGGAGUGAGCAAAGCUUGAAAAGAAAGAGCGAAGAAGUUUUAAAUCGAAAAAUGGCUAACCAGCUAGCCAAUGGGGUGCACCCAAAUGGUCAUAAUGAAAACUUUGUUCUGGAAAGCUAUUGUUAUGGGGCACAUACACAUAGGAGUGAAUAUUCUAAUAUCACUCCUUUCGGCAGUGCUCUUUUCGGGGUGACCCCUUCCAUUUGCAGUAGAGGCAAUGACCAGGUGAAGACUUGCAGCCUCAUCACCGUAGAAGGAGAAAAUUUGAGCAGUCUUGCCAAUGAAAGAAUCUCAGAAGAUGUGAGGAAGGUGUGCGAGGUCUCGUACAACCAGGACGGACGACAUAAUGAAACGGUGAACAGCAACGACAGUCCUAAUGUACUCGCAGGAAAUAAUCCUCCGAACGCUGCAUCCCCCAUAGGGAGUAACGAACAGGGAAGAGAUGUUCGCAGUGGUGCAAAUGUAAACUACCUGCACAGUUCAGACGAAAAAGGAGAUGAUGUUCCCAAAUUGGAAAUUAAGCAUGGACGCAAUUUGUGCGGUGAUGCGAAUGACAUAGCUGGUGCGGUUGACGCGGUUGAUGAGGCUGAUGAAGAGGUGUCCAGAUUGGUGGAAGACCUCCCCUUCGGAAGAGACAAAAAGGAGGUCGCUGAAGAGCGCGAGGAUGCAAGUAAAGACACGGGUAUCAAUAUUGAUGCUGACUCAGUCGUGCAGAGAUGUGCAUACAGACGCGACAAUGACGCCUUACAGGGGGAGGAAGACCUCCUCGGAGGAAUGACAAAAAAACAGGGCGGUGCCAGCGUCGACCCGCACAACGACUACAGGUGGAAGUUGUGUUAUGUAAGAUACCCUGAACACGUAAAUUUCAAAAAGGCCUUUUUCUUUACCUUCCAAAAUGACAUAUACAUUUAUGGGGCACGCAAAAAUAACUUCGUCAUUCCGGAUGUGCUAUUUCGGAUCCGUGAGAAUGAAGUGGAAUCUGUUGACACUAGAGGGACCGCUCCCAAGUUGUAUGUCAAGGUUUACUUUGCGGUCGAGGAGGGGGACAUGAGUGGCGGUUCUAACAGGAGUUGUCAUGGCUUGGGGGGGAUUCGAGAAUCGCGCAAGAGUUUCUACAUAUGGGGGGCCAACGAAAAGAGGCAACUGGACCUGUACACUGUGUACAGACUAGACUUGUGCCGCCUCGAGUGGCAGGAGAUAAAAAUCACUUAUAACAGAAAUCUGAACACGUUCAGGGAAGAUUUUUCGCUCAUCUUGAUUAAGGAUUGCUUGUACAUGUAUGGAGGCGUUGUGUUGAAGGAUGGGCAGUGGGUAUGCUGUGAUGAAUUAUGGGUGUGUGACACGGGUAGGAGGAAGUGGGAGAUGAUAAGGGUGGGGGGAGGAGACACGCAUAAGCGCGACGCUACUACUCAGCAAGGAAACUUAUUUUUCAGCCUUCCCGCAACCAACUCGGUUAAACUUUUUACCAAUACAGACAAAUCACCUUCAAAGAGUAGCCUUCUUGAAGAGGAGGGGAAGAGCAAUGAAAGUGAUAAAGGAAAGGAUGAACAUGGGGAAGGAAGUCUGAAGAAGCCAACUACCACAUGUUAUGAGGAAAAGCAACCCAGCAGAAGAGCAGGCCAUCUUUGCGUUGUCUACAAAAACAGAAUGUACAUUCACGGUGGAACUAAUUUGAAUGAAGAGAAAUCAGAUUUGUAUUUUUUCGAUUUUGCAAAAAAUAAAUGGUUCGAGGUUAUACCAGGUGGAGAGGUGGUCCCGUCCAAGAGGUAUGGCCACUGCGGACUUGUGAUAAAAAACAAACUGUACAUCUAUGGUGGGUUCACAAAAAGACUCCAUGGCAACUCCCUCCACAAUGAUGUAUUCGAGUAUGAUUUUCUGAAGAACACAUGGAGGCAGGUCUUCACCAUUGGGGAUUUAAUUUACCUGAAGAAUUGUCUUAAUGGAAAGGAGCAGGCUUAUCUCAGUUACCUCCGAUUCGUGAAGUUGCUUGUGAUGAGGAGGUACUUCAAAAGUGCAACCCUAAGUGGUUUUUCAAAUGUGGGUGAAGGUGAAAAGGAGUUGGGUGGCAACUCUCCUGGGGACAAAACACAAACGGGAAGAGAAGAAGGGAUAUCCAUUGGGAAGACAAAAAAUGCUGCUACGUCUUCACUUCUUAUAGAAGACCCACAUGGGAAGGUUUAUGCAAACUACGUACACAUCGAAGAAACCCUUCAUACAAGCGAAGCCAUCAUACCGCAAAAUAUGUUCAGAAACAGGUGCCUCUACUUUAAUGGCUCUCUGUACCUCCUUGGGGGAUGCGGGCUAGACAAUCAUUUAGAAAAAAGUGAGGAGAACAACUUCUUCCUCCACUAUGAAAGUAUUUUUAAAAUGAAAAUUGGCGAAUCAUAUGUUCGCUGCUGUGCAAAUUAUUUGUCCCACGUGGAUAAUUUUUUUUGGGACCUCAUAGGAAAGGAGGAGAUGGCGCUACAUCAGUGGGUGCGGGGGGAAGGCAACGUAAAAGAGGGCGCUGCUUCUGAACACCUACCAAAUAUUCACAACGACUUUGAUGAUUUGUGGAGCCAACUGAAUGGGGACAACGAGACGUGCGUAAACUCUGAAGACGCAUACCCAAAGGAUGCACCCCUUGCUAUUAAACAAAUUGACCACAUGUUAAAACAAAUUUGUACGGGUUUUCUGUCGGGGGGGUUUAGCGAGGGAAGCAACCUCGAGCGAAGCAACCUCGAGGGGGGAGACAUGACGGAGGACACAUCAACAAAAGCGAAGAUGGUACCCUCACCAAUGACGGGCGAAGCAAGCAGCAAUUUGGGGGACUCCUUUUCGCUCUGCCAAGGGGAAAAAAUGUGCCAGCUGCUUACCUGGCUGGUCGACCUAUAUCACAAUGAUGUCUCGGCUGAAGAAGUGGCCACGGCCACUGUUAGCGAGCGAGGGCAGUGCCGUGUGUCGAACCUUUUGCUGGAAAAGGGGCCUACUGUGGGGCAACAGUCGGAUUCCCCCUCGCCUGACUUGUCCGUGAAAGGCGGUGAAGACCAUAUUGGCAGUUUGGGGGUGAACGCAUUUAACACGCCCAGUGAGGUGGAAGGCUUCCCAAGAGAAAGGAAAGAGGGCGAGCUGCGUCACCCUUGCGACCUGAACGAGGCCACAAAUGCGCAGGCAGAGGAAGGUCCUAAAGAAUGGGGUCUACAUGGAGACUGUUUCCACGAAAGAACAUUUCCACCUGAUCAAUUUGAACAAAUGGACAGCAGAAGAUAUAGUGCACCCCUUGAAGAAGCAUCGAAAGAGGAUUCUCUGGGGAAGCGCCCCUGUGGAGAGCUCCCCACAGAAAGGCCUGAUGCGCACUAUAACAACCCCCAGAACAAGAAUGAUGAGAAAGACGCAAGGAAAAAAGUACAAACAAGUAAUCAUUACCGAGGGGGACACAGAGAAGGUGUAGGUUCUGUCCCCCCAGAGGAAAAUGACAAUGCGCAUGAUCAACAUCAACAUGUGUGUGAUAAGAACGAUUUGCGUUUUAGAAUAGGUGGAAAAAGGGGUGACAAUUUUCAGGAGCAGAAAGAUCUUACCAGCUUAGGGGAAGACGAAAGAGGGGGGGUAAGAGAAUUUUCGAAGCACCUUAGAGCAAACAAUUACCUCAUCCCAGAUUACCCAAACACCAAUCACAUAUAUUUAAACAUGGAAAAGUCAAUCAUUUACAAUUACUUAGAACAGUUUAACGACCUGACCGAUGACAGGUAUUCCAUUAAAAUGAAAAUCAGGAGAAACGAAAUUUACAAGCUCAUUUAUACUUAUACAAAAAGUGUGGAAAUUCAAAACAGUGUCUGCUUUAAGAUGCUAGAGGAGUUGGAAGGUCAAGCUAAGCAGCUGCUAGCUGAGAGGGAACAUCAUAGGACUGGUGUAACUAAAAUGGGCAAUGGGGGAGGAGAUGGUUUUGAGUCAUCUGAAGGGGGACAAUCCAAAUGCACGCAUCACCUCCCAUUCAGCGAAGACAACUUCGAGUCCUUGCAAAAUGAACAUGGGCACUUGAAAAAAAAAAUGAAAUACUUUUGUGACAUGGCCAAUAUAUACUCCAUCAAAAUGAAUAAGUUAAUUUUGUACAUUAGGAUCCUGGAGCAGAAGUACGAGUACGUGAUGAACUGGCUGCUCAAGUUGAAGUCUGUUUUGUUUAGGGAGGUCGUUGCUGGGGACGCGUGCAACCACUUGUCGAACCACUUGCCGAAUCAUUUGCCUAGCCAUUUCGCCCGCCACGUCAACGACCAAUACCCUGACCACUUGGGGAAAUUCUUCGCCGAAGACACCUUCUUCGUGCAUGAGCAGAAUGCUAAUUUAUCCACGUGCGAUUUUGGCAAGCGCGCAAGUGAUGAUGGUAACAAUGGCGGCCAGCUCAAUUUAGGGAGUUUCCUCUGA